GUCCACCGCCAUGGCUGAUUUCCCAGUUUAACAGCGGGAAUGUUUCCCAACCUCCUAUAAAGGCAGAGGUUAUCCAGAGUCAUGGCCCUUAUAGGUAUCACUCUGCAAGACUCUGUUCUAAUGAAACCUCCACUUUCUCAUCUGAAGACAUCAUGAGAUUCCUUCACCUGCUUUGGGCUCUUCUUUUCUUCCUCUACCAAUCUGCACCAGCAACAGGGGACCUCUAUGAUACUCUGGAGUGCCGCAACCACCAAGGACGGUGCCGGAGGCAUUGUUUCUACAAUGAAGAACAUAUCGGCACCUGCACCGGUGGGCGGCAACUGUGCUGCAAGUGAAGGACAGCAGCUGGAGAUGUGGAAGGGCCAGGGUGGUCAGAGGUUUUAAAGGAGAGUCCACAAAACAAGAGGCAAAGGAAAGAAUAUGGAGAAUGUAACUCAAAGUGGAACAUUGUCUUAGCACCACCCCCAUCAAAUAUACCCAUAGAUUCUUCUUUCUUCUUCUACCAAUGUGUUCUUUAGCAACUUCUAUGUAUUGGCAACUGUAGACUACAGGGAUUUUUAAAAAAUGUAUCCCCAAAUGUCUCCAAACAUCCUCUAAGGCAGUGGUUCUCAAACUUUGGUUCUCCAGGUGUUUUGGACUUUAGUUCCCAGAAGCCUCAACAAUGCAUGCUUGGCCAUCACUCAGGAUAUCUAUGAUCCAAACUCAGGCUGCUUUAGACCAAACCAGAAAUCUUGUUACAGUAGAGUCUCACUUAUCCAAGACUCGCUUAUCCAAGGUUCUGGAUUAUCCAAUGCAUUUUUGUAGUCAAUGUUUUCAAUACAUCGUGAUAUUUUGGUGCUAAAUUCGUAAAUACAGUAAUUACUACAUAGCAUUACUGUGUGUUUUUUCCGUCAAAUUUGUUGUAUAACAUGAUGUUUUGGUGCUUAAUUUGUAAAAUCUCAACCUAAUUUGAUGUUUAAUAGGCUUUUCCUUAAUCCCUCCUUAUUGUCCAAGAUAUUCGCUUAUCCAAGGUUCUGCCAGGCCAUUUAGCUUGGAUAAGUGAGACUCUACUGUAAUUUAUGUAAAGCAAAUGCACUAAUGUUUUCACCCAGCAGGUGGCAACAUUCAUCCAGUUUACAUUAUUCUAACUGAAAUAAAGCUUGGGAAAGUCUUCUCUUAUGGGUUACCUA